AUGUCCCUUAUCCUGCGUCUAGUCGACAGCCCGAUCCGGAUGGCGCCAUGUUCACGCAAGGAGUCGCACGUGCUCAACUCCACCCGAACAGCCACAAUGAAGGUUGUCGCGGCUUACCUCCUCGCGCUUCUCGGAGGCAACGCGAGCCCCGCCGCUGCCGAUAUCAAGAGCAUUCUCUCGUCAGUUGGCGCUGAGGCCGAUGAUGACAGGAUAGACCUGCUGCUGAAGCAGCUGGAGGGCAAGGACAUCAACGAGGUCAUCGCGGCCGGCCGAGAGAAGUUCGCCGCGGUGCCCAGCGGUGGCGGAGUCGCCGUUGCCGCUUCAGGCGGUGGCGCUGCCGCUGCUGCUGCCCCCGCUGAGGAGAAGAAGGAGGAGAAGAAGGAGGAGGAGAAGGAAGAGUCUGACGACGAUAUGGGUUUCAGCCUGUUCGACUAA